UUCACCAAUUACGACUUUCAUUCACCAAUUACAACUUUCAUUUCAUCCUUCACAAACGAAUACCAUUAUUACAUUUCUACAAACAAAUACUCCAUUGCGCUUGUUACCAUCGUUCUGGGCGUGUAGAUCAAUUGGAUUUCAUUUCUUCUGCAUUCAAUUCGAAUUCUAAACAAAACCUCUCAGAAUUUUCAGCACCCCAACAACCCGAGAAGCGCUUGAGAUUCGGUCCAAUAUUUAUUCUUAUUUUUAAGUUGGUUAUGUCGACUCUGAACAGCAUCCAAUUCAGAGUUCAAGUUUGAAUUGGCUGCAUACUUUCCCUCGUGAAGUCCUUUUUAUUUGAAAUAAAUAGCUCAGAUCGAUUCUUUUUGUGUGUUUGAGAUCAACUAAACAAUAAGCCCUCUGAAACGUCAUUGCUAUCGGCUUUUUCCUUUUUUUUUGGGUUUAAUAGGGUGAAUUUUGUUUAAUUUUCUGUCAAUGAUGAAAAACCUAGCUGGGACCACAGAGGAUGGCUUGGUGAAGAACCUUUCUGUAAAAGUAGUGCAGCCUGUUGAUAUGAACAAGAAUACAUCAUGGUUUCAUUACCCUGGUGUCUGGACAUGCUACAUUCUCAUUAUUUUCACUGGGUGGCUGGUAAUUUUAUCUCUCUUUGGCUGCAAUCCAGGAACCGCAUGGACUGUUGUCAAUCUCAUUCAUUUUCUUGUGACCUACAUAUUCUUUCAUUGGAAAAAGGGCACUCCAUUUGCUGAAGAUCAGGGAAUGUAUAACAAGCUCACAUGGUGGGAACAGAUGGACAGUGGGAGGCAAUUCACAACCAACAGGAAAUUUUUGACUAUUGUCCCUCUAGCGUUGUAUUUAAUUGCGUGCCAUACAACGAACUAUCAAAAUCCGUCACUAUUCUUGAAUACCUUAGCAGUGGGCGUUUUAGUUAUUGCAAAAUUUCCAAAUAUGCACAAAGUUCGCAUUUUGGGCAUCAAUGCUGAUUACCCAUCAUAAAUGUAAACGAGUUACAUGGCACUGAAUCUACACCUCGAUAUUCAUGUUUGCAAGACUAUUGCCAUGGGCUCACUACCAAUUGUGUCAUCCCUUUGAUGCAAAGGUGACAAUAGAUGAUCUCUGGGAAAUCGGAGUGACUAUGUACUUUAAUAAUUAAUGUUUUUUAGAUGUUCAGAAUUGAUACGCAUCAAUUUGAACUGUAACAUUUUCAAAUAUGCAGUUCAGUGUAUAAUGUUACAGAGAUGCGAAAAUUGGUUUUGCAUCUGCAGGCACUGUAGGCCCAUGUGUUGUGUCACAAAGGAUGAUUCUAUUUUGUAUACAUGGUGCAAUUGUCUAUAGUUAUACUACAAAAUAUUCAUAAAUAUGGCAGCUGACUUUAAACAGAGUUAA